GAACCACGUCUGCAAUAUAUAUGCCAGAACCUGAUAUCUACUGUGUAUAUACACUGCGAUGCAUUUGCGCUUGACGAAACCACAUACGUCAUGCCGUCCCUCAUCCAGACCACCUCACCACACAUAUAUACUUUGAGCGGAGCAUCGAUGGGCACAAUGCUCGGAACCAUUCUCCAUCAACCGUGACUUCUCUGGAACAUACUUCUUUUAUCCUGAGUUGAACAGUACCUCCUAAAACUAUCAAAAUGGACUCUAUCAAGCCAACCAUGGGUACGACGCGCAACCACACCGAAGAAGAACAGCGCAAGCUAUAUGACAACCUUCCUGCCGAACAACGCGAUAAGCAGUCAUUCACGGAGUGGGUGAAAGAAGCCUACAACGAGCAAUACGAGAAGUGGAUGCCUUGGCUGGAGGAUCAAUAUCUUAAGUGGUUCGGCAAAGGUGACAACAAGGCUUCCUACGUGACCAAGGAUAACCUCUCCAAGACCAAGGUCACCGGCGUUAAGCAAGUCGAUCAGAUCCAAGACGACGUGAAUAACCUUGUUGGAAACCAGUUGGGUGAAAACGGUCUGCUGGCCCCAGUUGGUAACAUGGUUUCAAAGGAGGGGUUCAAUCGCGCCGAGCGUGGAGGAAAAGAUGAAAAUGGCUCUUAUGGAGGCCCUCUUGGAGGAGCAACCGAUCCCAUUGUCGAUAACUCCAAGAAGGCUGGCCAGGGGCUAUCUACUGGAAUACAGUCAGCCGGGUCCUCUGUUGCUAGCGGAGCAAAGAGUUGGGGAAGCGCGAUCCCUGGAUUCGGCAGCAAGUGAGAUGGUACUUGAGCAUGUGUCUGCCUGGUAGUAUAAUAUGGUAUGAUGGUAUGACUUAACGGCCUGCUAUGACUUCUUCCGGCCCUUAUGUUCUCUUUAUGCAUCCAAGAAUUUGCCAUAUAUUUUCUAAUUUCAUUCUUUAAUUUGAUAUCCUG